AUGGCCGUCAGACAGCAACAACUUCGCAUACCCCAGCAUCAGCGGGCACAUGCGUGGAUACUCGGCAGCAGUAUAGCCUCGUUGGCAUCUGCAGUACAUUUGAUCCAGGAGGCAAGUAUACCUGCAUCGCAGGUUCAUGUCGUGGAGUCUCGCACAUCUGCCAGGGAUGGUCUGCCUACUAUUGGCAACGCUACGAUUGGUUACGACUACCGAGUUGCAUGUCUCCCUAUAUUUUGCGAUGGCUGUACGGAGGACUUGCUGUCCAUUAUUCCUUUGAUUUCCGGACCAGGCAAGACUCUUCUGGACAAUUUGAGAUGCACUCCAAGGGAGAUUGCUCCGACACGUGUUUUGAUCAAACGUGGACACGAAGAACAGGUAUGCAAUGCAAGGGGAGUACGAACGGGUUGGAAAGUCCGGAUCAAAUUGGCCCUUUUUCUGCAGCAUUCCGAGGAGGCAUUGGGCCGAAAGACGAUCCGGGACUGUUUGGGCAAUGGGUUCUUCAAGAGUGCAUUUUGGGCUGUCUGGGCUUCUACGCUGUUGAGUUUCGCCGAUGCUUGCGCAGUUUCUUUCAUGAAAUCCUUCAGUCCUCUACCGACCCCGUUGCACUAA